GCCGUCUCUCUCCCUCGCCGGGCGCGGGGAGCCGCUUCGUACUGCCGGGCUGUCGCUCGGGCGGGACAGGCCGCGCUGCGCGCUCCUCUCCGCUGCCACCCUAAGAGUACUCUUCAGGAUACCUUAGAAACUCAAAUUAAAACUAAUAACCUAGAGCACUGAGGAGCACGUGAUCAGAAGCUGAAGAUUCAGAGGACAAUGUUAGUGUAGAAGAAGGCAAGCAAGAAAAUACAUAUCAGAGUUAGCCAGACCACAAGAGAAAUGGAACAAGAAACUCCAGAGAAUGCGGAUUCUGCACAGCAGAAAGUUAGCACCAAGUCAGAGGCAGGCGAUGAUGCAAAUGACGGAGGAGAAAAGGCUGAACUGGAAGGGAAGGAGGAACUGGCAGACACCUAUCAGCUCCAGGUGGCUGAAGAAAUGGCGAAGGAGAUUAAGAAGAAGAUAAGAAAGAAACUAAAAGAGCAGCUGACUUAUUUUCCUGCAGAUACUCUAUUACACGAUGACAAACUGGGCAGCGAAAAGAGAAAAAAGAAGAAGAAGAAAGUCCCGGUCCCAUCUAAACCUGAAAAGAGUACCUCAGACGUCUGUGAUAAUGCAGCUACAGAUGAACAAAAGAAAGAACAUUCCCUUGAGACGGCUACUCCAGGAUCUCAGCCUGACGAGGAAAUGCGCUCAGCAGACAAGAAGGGAGAUAACAAUAAGCCAGAGACCAGAAAACCCAAGCCCAAAAAGACAAAAAAGAAGACUAAAGGAGGUCUGGUUGAGAAGGAAGACAUGAAUAGUGAUGGUGUUCAUGAAAUAACAAGCCGAGACAGUCCAGUUCAUCCCAAAUGUUUGCUUGAUGAUGAUCUUGUCAUGGGGGUUUACAUUCACCGAACUGAUCGGCUUAAGGCAGAUUUUAUGAUUUCUCACCCAAUGGUAAAAAUUCAUGUGGUUGAUGAGCAUACCGGUCAAUAUGUCAAGAAAGAUGACAGUGAACGUCCUGUUUCAUCUUAUUAUGAAAAAGACAAUGUGGACUAUAUUCUUCCUAUUAUGACUCAACCAUAUGACUUUAAAAAGUUAAAAUCAAGACUUCCAGAAUGGGAAGAACAAAUUAUAUUUAAUGAAAAUUUUCCCUAUUUGCUUCGAGAGUUUGAUGAGUGUCCAAAAGUCAUUCUCUUCUUUGAGAUUCUUGACUUUUUAAGCAUGAAUGAAAUUAAGAAUAACUCUGAGGUUAAAAACCAAGAAUGUGGCUUUCGGAAAAUUGCCUGGGCAUUUCUUAAGCUUCUGGGAGCCAAUGGAAACGCAAACAUCAAUUCAAAACUUCGUCUCCAGCUCUACUACCCACCCACCAAACCUCGGUCCCAGUCAAAUGUUGUUGAGGUUUUUGAAUGGUGGUCAAAGUGUCCAAGAAAUCGUUAUCCAUCAACAUUGUACGUAACCGUACGGGGACUGAAAGUUCCAGACUGUAUAAAGCCAUCUUACCGCUCUAUGAUGGCUCUUCAGGAGGAAAAAGGUACACCCGUGUAUUGUGAACGCCACCGUGACACAAGUUCAGUAGACACAGAACCUGGAUUAGAAGAUUCAAAGGAAGUGGUAAAGUGGAAACGUCUCCCCGGUCAGGCUUGUCGUAUCCCUAACAAGCACCUCUUCUCACUGAAUGCUGGAGAGCGAGGGUGUUUCUGUCUUGGUUUCUCCCACAACGGAAGAAUACUAGCAGCCGCCUGUGCCAGCCGAGAUGGAUAUCCGAUUAUACUAUAUGAAAUUCCUUCUGGACGUUUCAUGAGAGAAUUGUGUGGCCACCUCAAUAUCAUUUAUGAUCUUGACUGGUCAAAAGAUGAUCGCUAUCUCGUUACUUCAUCAUCUGAUGGCACUGCCAGGGUUUGGAAGAAUGAAAUAAACAGUACAAGUACCUUCCGCGUCUUACCUCAUCCUUCUUUCGUCUACACGGCAAAGUUCCAUCCAGCUACACGAGAGUUGGUGGUUACGGGAUGCUAUGACUCUAUGAUAAGGAUAUGGAAAAUUGAUCUGAGACAAGAUACUCCUGUAUUAGUCCGCCAGCUUGAUGUCCACAGGAGUUUUGUCAAUUCCGUCUGUUUUGAUGAUGAAGGUCAUCACAUGUAUUCAGGAGACUGCAUCGGGGUCAUUGUUGUUUGGGACACUUACGUGAAAGUGACCGAUUUGCAGCACUCAGUGCGCCACUGGGCGAUAAAUAAGGAAAUCAAGGAGACUGAAUUCAGGGGAGUUCCAAUAAGUUAUCUGGAGGUCCACCCCAGUGGAAAACGUUUAUUAAUCCACACCAAAGACAGCACACUGAGGAUAAUGGAUCUGCGGAUACUAGCAGCAAGGAAAUUUGUCGGAGCCGCAAAUUACCGGGAGAAGAUCCAUAGCACUUUGACCCCAUGUGGGACUUUCCUCUUCUCUGGGAGUGAGGAUGGAGUAGUGUAUGUGUGGAACCCAGAGACAGGAGAACAAGUAGCAAUGUAUUCAGACCUGCCAUUCAAGUCAACUAUUCGAGACAUAUCCUACCAUCCGUUUGAAAAUAUGGUUGCAUUUUGUGCAUUUGGGCAGAGUGAGCCAGUUCUUCUUUAUGUUUAUGAUUUCCAUGUAGCCCAGCAAGAGGCUGAAAUGUUCAAACGGUAUAAUGGGACACUCCCAUUGCCUGGCAUCCAUCAAAGUCAGGAUGCUUUAUGCACCUGUCCUAAACUGCCCCCUCAAGGCUCUUUUCAGAUUGAUGAAUUUGUCAACACUGAAAAUAAUUCAUCAAGAAAAAUUCAACUUGUGAAGCAGAGACUCGAAACUGUCACAGAGGUGAUACGAUCCUGUGCUGCAAAAGUCAACAAAAAUCUCUCAAUGACUUCACCACCACCAGGCUCUACAAAGAAGCAGAGGGUGAAACAGUCGUUUGUGCUAACCACUGAUGAGAUUAUUCAUCAGUUUGGAUUCCCUCAGACUGCAUUUAUCAGCAUAGAAAGAAGGCCUUGCAUCCGUCAAGUACAAGUAGAUGCACCACCAAUGGUUGUGGCUCUUUAUGACUACACAGCGAGCCGAUCAGAUGAACUAACCAUCCAUCGUGGAGACAUUAUCCGAGUGUUUUUCAAAGAUAAUGAAGACUGGUGGUACGGCAGCUUAGGAAAGGGGCAGGAAGGGUUUUUUCCAGCUAAUCAUGUGGCUAGUGAAACACUGUAUCGAGAAUCACCUCCAGAAGUAAAGGAGCGAUCUCCUCCUUUAACUCCCAAGGAGAAAACUAAGACAGAAAAGCCUUCAGCUUCUCAGAAGCGGUUCCUGAAUAAGGACAGGUCCCCGGAUUCCAGACUAGGCUCCCAGUCCAUGGCCCAGAUGGAGAAGGGCAAAGAGCAAAACUGGGAGGACCGUGGACACAGAGCAGAUAUGCAGGCGAAGAGAAGUGAGCCGCCAGCCCGGAAAGUCACGCUGAUAGAGUAAAAAGUUGGAAAAGAAUGAAGAAACAACCAGAUGAAUUGAAACGAAAUGAAAACCUAAGACAGAUGGGUUUCUCUUUAGAUUUUGGAAGAAAAGAAGUAUCUACUGUUUAUUGACCUUGUGAAAAAUCUAAAGUGAAGUUUGGCUAUUUAAAAAAAAAAAAAGUUGAUGUGGCCUCUGGGCUUAAUUGUUAUAAACCAUUGUGAGUGUUAUUGGUCAGAGUUUUGUAUCUGUGCUGUUAGUGACUGCAUCAAAAUUAUAUUGCUGCUGUUGGUAAACCAAUAAAGAAACCCAGAACUGCUGCUCAGCAAACGUGAAUAAAAGUGUGCGCACUGUUAACGCAUCCCCUAAGUCACCAUCCCGUGUUGCUGUGUGUGACGUGGCUGUCGGUGUAACGCUCUGCGCAGAGUGCAGAGCAUCUGCUGUUGAAGCUCACUGUGUAAAAAGACAAGCAGCCUCUGAAUACCGUCGAUGCAGACUGUCUCAGUAACAAACGCAUCAAGAGAAGCAAGUUGCUUGUAAGAGCUAAAUGUUUACGUUGUUUUUGAGUGAGUUAUAUGUAUAACUCACCAUGCCUAAAACUAAGAGUGAUUUUGGAUGGACUAGCAAUAGUCUACCAAAUUUAUUUCCACUUUUAAAGGCAGUUCAUAUUUAAACAUACAAGUAAUUUAUAGAUAUAUAUUGUUUAAUAUUUAUUUUAGCCUGAGUAUUUGUUUUUAAAUUAUUUCAUAUUAUUUCUGUCUUUAUUUCCAGAAUAACAAUGCCAUUACCAUACAGCCAUAUGUUUUGAAGUUGGGUGUAAACAGGGAAAUUCAUCCUUUUUGGUUUUUCCUUAACUCUUUCCUGUCUUCAACUCCAUAAUAAGUCUGUCAAUAAAACAGUUUAACCCCCAGAAAAGUCAAAGCCUGUGGUAAAGUUAGAAAAACUUAUUUACCAAAGUAGACAAUUGCUUCCAUUGAAAUAAGAAGUGAGAAAGACUGGGCUGAGCACUGAGGUGUAGACUUGUCCAGAUGUACCGCGUGAAACAGCUUCUAGUACAAAUAGAUUUGGCUCUGAUCCCUGCACAUGCUGUAGAAGCUUCAAGUGGUAAACACGAGCCUGCUGUGGAACCUUUAUAGCAUCGUCGUUGUUAGAGGAGUUUCCUAACCCACAGAGUGGCGUGAAAACUGCCUCAGCCCACAGCUAGCACCGGAGUCUCUUCUGCCAGCGCCAGGUCGGCAUUGCUCUGGUUGUGUGUCUGCUCCCGGUGCAUCUGGGCCAGGCAGCCGAGCCGCUCUCUGUACAUUGCUCUGGUUGUGUGUCUGCUCCCGGUGCAUCUAGGCCAGGCAGCCAAGCCGCUCUCUGUACGCACUUGUUGUCCAUCUUGUGAGUGUGCUGCUUCAAACAGUAAAAAUAAAGACAUGUGUCCCUACCA